AUGGCGGUGGCUUCUGUCAAAGUGGCGGUGAGGGUCCGGCCUUUUAACUCCAGGGAGAUCGGAAAGGACAGCAAAUGCAUCAUUCAGAUGACAGGAAACACAACAACAAUCUUGAACCCCAAACAGCCAAAAGAAAACAAGAGCUUCAACUUUGACUACUCGUACUGGUCGCACACAUCUCCCGAGGACAUCAAUUAUGCCUCACAGUUGCAGGUGUACAAAGACAUUGGAGAAGAAAUGCUGUUCCAUGCGUUUGAAGGCUACAACGUGUGUAUUUUUGCGUAUGGACAGACAGGAGCUGGAAAGAGCUACACAAUGAUGGGGCGCCAAGAGCAAGAUCAGCAGGGCAUCAUACCGCUGCUCUGCGAGGACCUUUUCACAAAGAUCAGCGACACCAAUAUUGACAAUAACAAGUCAUAUUCUGUAGAGGUGAGUUACAUGGAGAUCUAUUGUGAGCGCGUACGUGACCUGCUGAAUCCCAAAAACAAAGGCAACUUGCGGGUCAGAGAGCACCCACUGAUGGGACCCUAUGUGGAAGACUUGUCCAAAUUGGCUGUCACCUCUUACAAUGACAUCCAGGACCUCAUGGACUCCGGAAACAAAGCCCGGACGGUGGCCGCUACAAACAUGAACGAGACCAGCAGCCGCUCUCAUGCCGUGUUCAACAUCAUCUUCACACAGAAAAAAUAUGACGCAGACUCGGACAACACUUCAGAAAAGGUCAGCAAGAUCAGCCUUGUGGACUUGGCUGGAAGUGAAAGAGCUGACUCAACAGGAGCCAAAGGGACAAGACUAAAGGAGGGAGCUAACAUCAACAAAUCACUGACCACUCUAGGAAAAGUUAUUUCGGCGUUGGCUGAACUGGAUACUGCACCCAAUAAGAACAAGAAAAAGAAGAAAGUGGAAAGCUUUAUUCCAUACCGAGAUUCAGUGCUGACUUGGCUUCUAAGAGAAAACUUGGGAGGAAACUCACGCACAGCAAUGGUGGCUGCGCUCAGUCCAGCAGAUAUAAACUACGAUGAGACGCUGAGUACUCUGCGGUAUGCUGACCGUGCUAAGCAGAUCCGCUGUAACGCAGUGAUCAAUGAAGACCCCAACAACCGUCUGGUGCGUGAGCUGAAGGAGGAGGUAGCCCGCCUCAAAGACCUGCUGUACGCGCAGGGCCUAGGAGACAUCAUCGAGAACCUUUGCGAUUACAAAAACAUCAUCAAUAAUCGCCAGGCUGUCAAUGAAAGGGAUGAUCUCUCCGCAGUGUCCCACGUCAUGACAGGGAUGAGUCCUUCUCCGUCACUGUCGGCCUUAUCGAGCCGCGCCGCCUCUAUCAGCAACCUCCACGACCGCAUCUUCAGCCCAGCCAGCGAGGAGGCCAUCGAGAGACUCAAGGAAACAGAGAAAAUUAUUGCAGAGCUUAAUGAGACCUGGGAAGAGAAACUGCGGCGCACUGAAGCUAUUCGUAUGGACAGGGAGGCCUUGCUCGCUGAAAUGGGAGUUGCCAUGAGGGAAGAUGGAGGAACUGUGGGCGUCUUCUCACCUAAAAAGACUCCUCAUCUCGUGAACCUGAACGAGGAUCCGCUGAUGUCUGAGUGUUUGCUUUAUUACAUCAAAGAUGGCAUUACCAAAGUUGGUCGAGAAAAUGCAAGAACAAGACAAGACAUUGUUCUUAGUGGACAUUUGAUUAGAGAUGAACACUGCAGCUUCAGCAGCACCACCGGCCCUCAAGGCGAAAGUUGUGUCAUCUUGGAGCCAGGUGAAGAGGCAGAAAUAUAUGUCAAUGGAAAAAGGGUCUCUUCUCCCAUUAUCCUCAGAUCAGGGAAUCGUAUCAUCAUGGGAAAGAGCCACGUGUUCCGCUUCAACGACCCGGAGCAGGCCCGUAUGGAGAGAGAGCGGACGCCGUGUGCCGAGACGCCCGUGGAGCCUGUGGACUGGGCCUUCGCUCAGAGGGAACUGCUGGAGAAACAGGGCAUCGACAUGAAGCAAGAGAUGGAGCAGAGGCUACAAGAGCUGGAAGAUCAGUACCGAAAAGAAAGAGAAGAAGCCAGUAACUUACUUGAGCAACAGAGACUGGAUUAUGAGAGUAAACUUGAAGCGUUACAAAAACAAGUGGACUCUCGGUACUUGGAGUCUCCUGAGGAAGAGGAGGAGCCAGAAGAGGAAGUUCCUUGGACAAAGCAUGAGACCGACCUGGCUUUGUGGGCUUUCCGGAAGUGGCGUUUCUACCAGUUCACCUCUCUCAGGGACCUCCUGUGGGGAAACGCUAUAUUCUUAAAAGAGGCUAACGCAAUCAGCGUGGAACUUAAGAAAAAGGUGCAGUUCCAGUUUGUCCUUUUGACAGACACGCUGUACUCGCCCCUGCCCCCAGACCUGCUGCCCCCAUGCGUGGCCCAAGAGAGGGAGAGGCGGCCUUUCCCUAGCACCAUUGUGGCAGUGGAAGUCCAGGACCAGAAAAAUGGAGCCACACAUUACUGGACGUUAGAAAAACUCAGGCAGAGGCUGGACCUAAUGAGAGAAAUGUACGAUCGAGCUGCAGAGUUGCCCAGCAGUGCAGUGGAGGACAGUGACCCCGCGCUGACCGGAGGAGACCCCUUCUACGACCGCUUCCCUUGGUUCCGCCUGGUCGGCCGGGCGUUUGUGUACCUGAGUAACCUGCUGUACCCUGUGCCCCUCGUGCACCGAGUGGCCAUCGUCAGUGAGAAAGGAGAAGUCAAAGGCUUCCUCCGAGUCGCCGUGCAGGCCAUAUCCGCGGAUGAGGAGGCUCCUGAUUACGGCUCAGGUGUGAGACAGUCAGGGACGGCCAAACUAUCAUUUGAAGAUAAACAGUUUGAAAAGUUCCAGACAGAGACCUGCUCCGGUGGCGGCUCACACUCGUCUCAGGAAGAGCUGCGGUUUGUUGAGGGCGAAGGACAAAACGCAGAUAUGUCUGUUUCAGCCGAUGAAGUCAAUAAUAACACAUGCUCAGCUGACGAGGAGCCUCCCUUGAGCCCUGCAAAGACCUUGGGCUUAGGCCUGGACCUGCCCCUGGACCUGUCCCCAGAAAAGGCUCUGUCCCACCUGAAGAUCGGCAGCAGGUUCACUUUCAGAGUCACAGUUUUACAGGCUUCCAGCAUCUCUGCAGAGUACGCCGACAUCUUCUGCCAGUUUAAUUUCAUCCAUCGUCAUGACGAAGCCUUCUCCACAGAGCCCCUGAAGAACACAGGCAGAGGACCACCUUUGGGCUUUUACCAUGUGCAAAAUAUCACAGUGGAAGUGACUAAAUCCUUCGUGGAGUACAUCAAGACUCAGCCCAUAGUGUUUGAGGUCUUUGGCCACUAUCAGAAGCAGCCCUUCCCCCCACUCUGCAAAGAUCUCAUCAGUCCGUUGAGACCUUCCAGAAGGCAGUUUCCCAGAGUCAUGCCACUGUCCAAACCAGUCCCAGCCACAAAGCUCAGCACGUUGACGCGCUCCACAGCAGGACCUUGUCACGCCAAAUAUGACCUCAUGGCUUUCUUUGAGGUCUGCGAGCUGGAGGCAAACGGAGAAUACAUCCCUGCUGUUGUUGAUCACAGGGGAGGCAUGCCGUGCCACGGGACAUUCCUUUUACAUCAGGGUAUUCAAAGGAGAAUUACUGUGACAAUCGCUCAUGAAAAUGGAAACGACUUUGAGUGGAAAGAGGUCAAAGAGUUGGUGAUCGGUCGUAUUCGAAACACUCCAGAAGCUGAUGAAACCAUUAUUGACCCAAAUAUUCUCUCCCUCAACAUCCUGUCCUCCGGAUACUACUGGCCAAAACACGAUGACAACAUUUCCUUGGGGGUUGAUCAUAGAACAUUUUACCGGUUUGAAGCGGCUUGGGACAGUUCCAUGCACAACUCUCUGCUCCUGAACAGAGUCACCCCAUACGGAGAGAAGAUCUACAUCACAUUAUCAGCUUAUCUAGAGAUGGAGAACUGCACUCAGCCGACUGUAAUCACCAAAGACUUCUGUAUGGUAUUCUACGCCCGAGACACCAAACUGCCGGCCUCUCGCUCCAUCAGGAACCUCUUCAGCACUGGUUGUUUCAGACCAUCUGAGAGUAAUCGUGUCACUGGAGUCUACGAGAUCACUCUGUGCCACGUGGCAGACAAUGGGAGUCCUGGCAUGCAGCGUCGACGCAGGCGAGUGUUGGACACUUCUGUGGCUUAUGUCAGAGGGGAGGAGAACCUGGCCGGAUGGAGACCUCGCAGUGACAGUCUCAUCCUUGACCACCAGUGGGAGCUAGAGAAACUCAGUUUGCUGCAGGAGGUGGAGAAGACCAGGCAUUACCUGCUGCUGAGAGAGAAGCUUGAGGCCACUCUGCUUGCAGGACAAGACGCUCUAUUCAAAAGCAAUGACAUAAGUGAGUUGGCCAAGAGCCCUGUUCUCAGCCAAAGUCCACUUUGCAGUCCUGCCCCAGACAGCCCCAACCAAAGGCAGCGCGAGCUGGCUGCUAAGUGUCUGCGCCUUCUGAUGCACACCUUCAAUAGAGAGUACAGCCAGGUGAGCAGCAGUGCCAGUGAGAGCAAGCUCUCGGACCUGUCGGCUUCAUUCAUGAGGGAGUCUUCCUCUGGACUGAGCACCUUAACCCCAUCCUCCACUUGCCCCUCGCUGAUUGAGGGAAACUUUGAUAUCAGACUCACUGAGCCGAGUUCAGGAGCAUCCACUCCAGACCUGGACCCAUACAGUCCAGUCGACAGAAAGAAAGCUCUGCGUGGCUUCACCUUUGUUCCUGACAUACAGGAGAUCAGAGUCAGCCCCAUUGUCUCUAAGAAAGGGUACCUCCACUUCCUGGAGCCCCACACCAGCGGCUGGAUGAAGCGAUAUGUGGUGGUGCGGCGACCGUAUGUGUACUUGUACCGCAGCGAGAGGGACAGCGUGGAGCGAGCCGUCAUCAACCUGUCGUCUGCUAAAGUGGAAUACAGCGAAGACAAGCAGACCUUACUGCGGACUCCAAAUACUUUUGCUGUGUGCACUGAGCAUCGUGGGAUUUUACUCCAGGCCACGAAUGACAAAGAGAUGCACGACUGGCUGUAUGCGUUUAACCCUUUGUUAGCAGGCACCAUCAGGUCUAAGCUGUCGAGAAGAAAGUCAGUGCAGUCGGCUCCCCCUGUGGCUACUUCUCAGAGGAUCUAA